AUGCCGCCAACGCCGAAGCGCGCGUCCAGGCACGGUCGCUCGCGGUCAUCAAUGGCGUUCCUCUCGCUCUCCCCCUUCGCCUUCUCCUCCCAAGCCUCCACGUCUGUCGCCAGUUCUCCCCUAGGGACUCAGCACGCGUCGGACGUUGGCUCUAGUGCCGCCAGCCCACGCCUUACAUCUGCUGACGUGGCAGCAGCAGGCGCUGUCGCCUGUCCUGCGGCUGCCACGUCAGCGUCGUCGGCGUCCCCCAGCCCGCGUGUGCAGGCGGCGCCGGACGGUUUACAGCCGUCCUCGUUACUCGCUAAGAGCAGGCGCGGUAAAGGUAGCCAUUCUCGCAGCCGUAGUCUCUCCGAGUCUUUCUGGUUCCUCGGCCAAACCUCAGGUUUGGACCUGAAAAGCCCGGGCCGAUUCAGGUUCGGGCCCAGGCCUUUUUCGGCGAGCGGAGGAGAUGGUGAGAGGGAGGGGGAAGGAGGAGAGGGAGUGGGGAACGGAGGAACAGUGGGUGCAGGAGCCUCAGGAGAGGGCCUUAGCGACAGCGGAGUAUUUUCGUCAGGGGACGAUGCACUGAGGGGAAUGAGUAAGAGAGACGGACGAAACGCGGAAGGAAGCGGCGCUGCUGGUGCUACUGGGAGUUGGCGGAGAAGCCGCAGCAGAGGACGUGCCUUGAGUCCUAUCCGAUCCGAUAGCUUCGACCGCUCAAACCGUGACACGUGUCGCUCCGCCAUUUCCGACCGCGUAUCCUUCUCCGCCAACGCCCUUCCGCCGCUCGCCAUUCCCGCUUCCAGCAGCCUCGACGACACUCCCCAAGCCAGCCCCUUGCCCGGGGGGGGGGCUGGCGGAAGGUCCUCCCGCCUCCAAUCCUUUUCCCCCCAGUUUCUUCCGCCAGUUCCCGCGCGCACUGGCGCGGGCGGCGGAAGCGGAGUCAGCCCAUGCGGAAGCCCGCACUCGAGCAGGGGCGCGGGGAGCGCGACGGGAAGCGCGACGAAUAGCGGCGCGAAUAGUCCGCGGAUGCCUUUCAGUCCGCUGCGGUGGGCGGGACUGGGGGCGUUAGGGUUCCGCACGUCUUCUAGUUUGAAAGCGAGCAUGGGCGGGGGCAGGGGCGGGCUGGGGAGCGGAAGCGGGAACGGGGGAGGAGAGGAUGAUUCACUUGUGAGUGAUGAGGGAGGGGGGACGGCGGGAGUCGGCGGAGGGGUUGUGGGGGAAGGCGGGGGCGGGGGCCGGCGGGUGAGAGUUCAGCCUGGGACCAGGGGAGGGGGAGGUGGAGGGAUAGGGGGAGGGGCAGGUUCGGGACGAAGGGAGCGAACGCACGGGAGAUCGUUAUCGGUUGAUUUCGUGUCGCCUUUACUCGCCCCUCUAAUGGCCGCACGCAUUCCUUUCUCCCCAAAGCCGCCCCAAGCGGGCAACCCUCCUCCGCGCGCGCAUGUCUUCAUCUCCCCCUCCUCCUCCUCCGCGUCCCCGCGUGCCGCGCAAAGUUGGGCUGUUGCAGACUCAUCCCCUUUCCCUUCCUCCGGACGCCUCUCCGCGCAUUCAGCGCACGCCCUUCCCUCGCCCUCCGCCCACGCCCUCCCCUCACCGUCCGCCCACCCUCUCCCCUCGCCGUCCGCCCACCCCCUCCCCUCGCCUUCCGCCUACCCACCCCCCUCGCCCGCCGCGCAUCCCCUCCCCUCGCCGUUCGCGCACUCGCGCCCGCCCCGGCCCGCCUCCCCACUCCAGUCCUCCCCCCGCCAUCGCUCCGCGGACUCUAUCCGACUGCUUGAUCCGCGGGGAACGAGGGGGAACGAGGCGUGUGUGAGAGAGAGGGACGGGGAGUGCGAGGGGGAGGGUAGCGGGGGAGAUUUCAGCAGCAGUGCGCUUCAAUCACCAACGACGCCAACAGGAGGAGGGGGAGGUGUAGGAGGGGGGAAAGGACGGGAGAGUGGGCAGCGGAAGAAAACAGGGUGGGGUGGCAGCGCGUUUGGCAGAAGCAGCACAUUCACCCCCUUUGGCCCUUCCAAGCUGGUUCCAACCAGCAGCAGGCACAGGAAAAGUGCCUCUUUGAGCACCUUUCCAUCCAUAGUGGAGCACUCUAUAGCGGAGCACUGUUCGCUGGCGCAAGGAGACGCAGAGGGGCAGGGGGGCGGGUCGAACCUGGCGGAGGGGGAAGACGGUGGAAGAGGGGAUGUGAGAAGCGGGGAGGGGAAAGGUGUAGGAGGUAGUAGCCCCGUGCAAAUGACCAAGUCUGUAAGUUAUAAUAACUCUGUAAGUAAGAUGCUUAGCCAAGAGCCGGAUGGGAGUGGGGACGCGCAGAGGCAGGGCGGGGGCAAGAAAUUCUGGGGCAUAUGGGGGCGGAGAAAAGGAGGAGAAACGGGAGCAGGGAGAGGGGAAGUAAGAGGGGAAGUAGGAGGGGAAGACGAGCGUUACUCUUCAGACUCACAAUCAGCUCUAGAUUCGCGACCAGUUUCGGGGUCUUCCCAGACGCUUGGCAGAGCAUUAGCAGCAACGGGCGCUGGCAGGAGCAAGUCCCGCGAGGGCAGCUUCAAGGAGUUUCUCAAAGGGCGAUUCAGCCCUCCCCGUGUUGAGCUACUGCCUGAUGCUACUUGUGUGCCGGAACCGGGUUUGCUGGAUGGGCGUUGGGGAGAGGGAGGUGCGGAGGACGAGGCCUCGUUGCUGCCGCUGUCGCCCACGGGCAUGCCCGUUGCUGCUCUCUCGCAUCAGCAGCAGCGGCAGCAGCAUGAGCAGCAGCAGCAGCAGCAGCAGGAGUCUCGCGAGUCGCAAGGAAAUCUCUCUCGUGUGGGGUGUGGAAGGGCUGGGAGCAGUGGUGAUACCGACCCUGGCAUCACAGCGUUCUCCCUGCCCUCAACUCCGACAGGAGGGGAAGCAGCAGCAGCAGGAGGAGCAGCAGCGGAAUCGGCUAAGGAACAAGCGUUUCUCUCGUCCUCCCUGUCUUCUCUACAGACUCGAAAGCCCUGGGGCAUCAUCCCGCACACCUCCUCUGCUGCAGAUGCAGCCGGAGCAGAGGAAGACGAGUCCGUCCCUCCCCUGCCCCAUCUCUUGCAUCACCUGCUCAACCACUCCACAACAGCCACCAGCAGCCCCACAGGCACAAGGGGAAAGUGCCCUGAUGAAGGGCUCGGGGGAACUGCUAGCAAUGGCUUGGCUGUAGCUGACCGAGAUGCUACAGCUGCCUCUGCUGCUGCAGCCGCCCCAAGUGGUACAGCUUCUCGCCUGUCUCUCCACCUGACGCCCUCACCAGGGGAGUUGGAAAUUUCAGUUGACAGCCCUGCUGCUGGCCUUAGAGUGUCUGCAGGAGCUUCUUCAGGUGCUGCUGCUGCCUCAGGUGCUGAUUCAGGUGCCGCAUCAGGUGCCGCUUCAGGUGCUUCCUCAGGUGCCGAUUCAGGUGCUGCCACUUCAAAUUCUGUAUCCGCUGCUGCUGGUGGUGCAACUGUUUCAGGUUCUCCUGUGGAAGGCGCUUCUAUUUCAGGUGCCGAGUCAGGUGAAACCACAGGUGUAGAGACAGGUGGCAGAGGGCAUUCAGUGGCUGAAGCAGCACCAAAGGACACAGAAGCAGCGGGAACAAGCAGCACCACAGGCUCUUGUAAUGACACAGGAAACGGGAAAGGCGUUGAAGGAGGGACAGCGACGGGGCAUUCAGCAGCAGCAGCGGCAGCAGCAGCAGCAGCGGCAGCGGCAGCAGCAAAAGUAGCUCCUCCAAAUUCUCUCCCCCUAUCCUCUCUUCGCCGCCCGGCCUCGGCCCAGAGCCCGCUAUCUUCCAACUCCCGCCACCGCCGGGCGGCGUCAGAAGCCCGCGAUUUCCUCAGCGAGCUGGGGGCGCGCCGCCCGGCCUUCAUGAACAGUGCCGCGAAGUGCGGCCAGCGGGCGGCGCAGCACGGCCGGAGUGCGUCUGUAGCGGUGCUUCCAGGGGCGGGAGGCAGGGGGAGCGCGGGUUCAGGCGAUGGGGUUUGGGGCGGCAAGAUUGCUGGUGGUGUUAUGAUUGGUGCAGGUGAUUCUGGUAGUGAUGGUGGUGAUGCUGGUGGUGAUGGUGGUCAUGGUGAUGUGGAUAGAAUGGCUGUUGGUAGUGGGGGUUCUGGUUGGGAGAGGUUUCCAAGAAACAGCAGCAGUGGGGGCGGUGGCAGGGGUGAGAAGGGCCAGAGGAGCCGGCUUGGGCGGCAUCGGUCGUCUGCUUCCUUGGAGAUGCCGCACCGGCCGUUCACUGCUGAGAGCUGGCAGCAUGUGGGGAAGGUGGAUCCGGGGCAGGUAGGCUGGGAGCAGGUGGAAAUAGAGCAGGCUGAAAUGCCUUGGGGUGACUCGGGAAGCGAGGGUGGGGGAGUGGGAGGGUAUGGUGGAGGAGAGGGGAGGAGACGCAGUGGAGUGGGUGGUGGUGGUGGUAAUGGUAAUGGUAAUGGUAAUGGUGGUAGCAAUGCCGGGGAUUCGGAUGGAGAGGAGUGGUCAGAUGAGGAUGAUGCGAGAGCAGCCGGGGGUGGGACAGAGAGAGGAGGGGUUGGAAGAGGAGGAGGAGGAGGGAGAGGGGGAUUCCUCGCAGAAGGCGGGCUGAGAGGCACAGGACUGGGAGGGAGGUACGCAGCAGCAGGUGGCAGUGGCACGUCGCUGCUGAGGCGCCACAGUACCUCCAACCGACGCCGCCCAGCCAUGCACUCACUGGAUGAGCACGAGGAGGAGGGCGGGACGGAGGUGGGGGGGAGUAGAAACGGGAGACAUGAUGAUAAUGGUGGGAGACAGGAUGACAAUCAGGAUGAGUUGGCACCACUUCCCCCCUGGAAAGGAGGACUCAGGGGGGAGCUAGGCUCUGCUGGUCAGGGACAUCUGUCUGACAUGGGGUUGGGGCUGGGGCGCCCAAUGGUUUCCAGCGGGGCGGUUUGGACGGGAAGUGGCUUCAGUGGUGCACGGGGUGGUGCUUUUGAUGCCGCCCCUGCAUGGGCACCUGGAGGGGCACCUGGUAGGGCACCUGGUAGGGCACCUGGUAGGGCACCUGGUAGGGCACCUGGAGGGGGAGGUAGGGGUUCAGGUGGUGCAUCUAGUGCUAACGUCUGGCAGAGGCCAGGUUCGGCAUCAGGUGUGAGGGGAUUGCGGAUUUUUUCCACCGUAAUGGCGUCCGCAACCGUCGCCGCUCCGUCCGCCGCCUCCGCGCGCCUUGCGGGGCCUUCCGCCGCGAGAUGCGGAAAGCCUGACACGUGUUCAUUCGCCGCAUCCUCCGCUGGCGUCGCCAGACGCGCCUCCGCCGCCCUUACGAGCGACUUUCUCCCAUCGCGACCCGUUAAGGGGCAGGCGCUGCGGACUUCAACGGGCCGCAAGCCGCGAGCAACCUCCGGGCGCCCUGGCCACGUGUUCGCGUCUGCUGACGUGGCGCAGCUGCGCGGGGCGCGCGAGGCGAUUAAGGACAUCAUCACGAGCAAGUCGUGCAACCCCAUUCUCAUCCGUCUGGGCUGGCAUGAUGCGGGCACAUUCGACAAAUCUGUAGGAGAGUGGCCGAAGCAGGGUGGCGCCAAUGGCAGCAUUCGCUUCCGACCCGAGAUCGACCACGGCGCCAACAAGGGGCUGGCGGGGGCCAUCGGGCUGCUACAGCCGGUCAAGAACGCCUUCCCUGCCGUUAGUUGGGCCGACCUGUUCCAGCUCGCCAGCGCUACAGCCGUUGAGUUUGCAGGAGGGCCUGUCAUCCCCAUGAGGUAUGGCCGAGUGGACGCCACCGGCCCUGAGGACUGCACACCAGAAGGGAACCUGCCAGAUGCGGGUCCCCCCUCCCCUGCUGAUCACCUGCGCAAGGUGUUUUACCGCAUGGGGCUCAACGACCAGGAGAUAGUGGCACUGUCAGGGGCACACACGCUGGGGAGGGCUCAUGCGGAUCGCAGCGGCUGGGGCAAGGAAUCCACCAAGUACACGAAGGACGGACCGGGCCGGCCAGGAGGCUCCUCGUGGACCGUGCAGUGGCUCAAGUUCGACAACUCCUACUUCAAGGACGUGAAGGCCAAGCAGGACGAGGAUCUGCUGGUGCUGCCCACGGAUGCCGUCCUCUUUGAAGACCCAGGCUUUAAGGUCUAUGCAGAGAAAUAUGCAGCAGACCAGGAAGCGUUUUUCAAGGACUAUGCCGCGGCGCACAAGGCACUGAGCGAGCUGGGAGCCAAGUUCGACCCGCCCCAGGGCGUGACCCUGGAUGCGGAGGGUCCCCGUCCCGUGAAGUUCAAGGCAGCUGAAUACUCGUCUGGGAAUACCCAGACGGAGUUGUCGAGUGCCAUGAAGAAGAAGCUACGAGACGAAUACAUUGGGCUGGGCGGCAGUCCCGACAGCCCACUGCAGACCAACUACUUCCUGUACAUCAUUCUUGGCGUGGCAGUGCUCGCCAUUCUUACAAAGCUCACAGGAGCUAUAUAA